CGUACAGCGUCAUCGCGCACGUCACCGCGCCGGAUGUUGAUAUAAAGUCUGGAGGAAGAGCUGAAAGAAAACAACAACGCGAGCUGAACGCGAAUAAACAAGCGCUCGAUCUGAAGCGGCUGGUGUGUGUGUUAAUCAUGGGCCGCAUCUUCUUGGAUCACAUCGGCGGGACGCGCCUGUUCUCCUGCGCUAACUGUGACACCAUCCUGACCAACCGCUCCGAGCUGAUCUCCACACGCUUCACCGGCGCCACCGGACGCGCCUUCCUCUUCAACAAGGUGGUGAACCUGCAGUACAGCGAGGUGCAGGACCGCGUGAUGCUGACCGGCAGACACAUGGUGCGAGACGUCAGCUGCAAGAACUGCAACAGCAAGCUGGGCUGGAUCUACGAGUUCGCCACCGAGGACAGCCAGCGCUACAAGGAGGGCCGCGUGAUCCUGGAGCGAGCGCUGGUGCGCGAGAGCGAGGGCUUCGAGGAGCACGUCCCGUCAGACGCGUCCUGAGAUCCAGCGCUCUCCGUCACUCUCAGAUGUGUGUUCGGCCACACCGUGAUUUUAACUCUCUAGAUUUACCAAUAAACAAGAGCUUCAGAUGCACAAUCUCUUCUGUAAUUGGCUAAAACAAACGCGGCACGUUAUGACCAGACCAUCUGCUCUGCGCACGCAGGGAUGUCACUUCAGACAAUAUGACAGAAGUGCAUAUGUUCAUGUUUUCUUUUCCCAUGUUUCACACACUUUCCCUCCGUAAGUAUGGAGUUCAGUUUGUGCCAAAAGCCUCGACUGCUUUGUACAGUACAUUUGUCUGUCUGCUGCUGUUUUGAGUCAUUCAUUUGUGUUUUAAUUUCUGCUCUCAGAUAUCCAGAUAAAAAAAUGGAUUUUGGAAAAAAUGGAAGAUCAUUGUAGACUAUAGAUUCAUUCACAUUUAUAGAACAGAAGAAUAAAUGCAUCUGAAAGUUUUAGAAACUCUUUUUAGAAAAAAAUAUAUAUUGUUCUGUUUGUGUAGCUGGGUGUUUGGAGAAUAUUACAGAAAGCAUAAAAUGAGCUGAACCAAUCACACCCAUAAUACAACAGUGAUAACAGCUGGACAGAUGCACUGAACAAUCCAGUUGACACUUUUGGCACAAAUGUAACUCCACAUGAAGACUUCACAUGCAAAAACCUGAGAUUUUUUUUUCUUUUAAAUGAGCAUUUUUAUUUGAGCAUUUUUGAAACCAAGGCAUUUAGCAACUGACUAAUAACCUUUUCUUUGCUAUUAAAGAUAAAUUACUGAACCUAAACAUAGGAGCCUGAUUGAAAAAAAAGAAGCUAAUUUAAAAGAAAAAAUCUCUUGGACUUGGAGGCAUUUGCAUCUGAAGGCUUCAUAUGUAAGAUCUGUUGUGUUAGUGUUGUUAGAAUAACAUCUGCCACCUUCAUCGGGAAACAAGAGGUAAUGAAUGUACCGAAUGAAGAAUCACUACUGAAAUUAUGUAGAUUUCUCCACAAAUUCUCUGUUUGUUUCCUGAAAAAGUUUUUAAAUUUCCCAGCCUCUAUUGUUAAACCUUCUUUAUGAUCCUUUAAUAACUCAUCCAUUCAUGGGGCGGUGGUUUCUCUACCCUACAGUCAUGUGACCGAACAGGUUCAGGAUUUCACACUCAGCAGAUCUGAACAUCUUUCUGGUUGAACAGGCUCUUAGCAGGAGUUUAGGAUGAGCUGCUUUCACUCAAUCUGUGAUCUAUAGUCAAAUGCAUGUGUAAAGUGUCACCUAAUAAAACAUGGAAGCUGCACUAGAUGACAGACGCUGUAAACACAAUCACACGAUCCUGCUGUCGCGUUUCCAGUUUGUUGGAAACAACAUUUUUUUGUUCCGUUGGAGAGGAAUGUGGCAGUGAUCUGAAGUGUGUUAUUAUUCACCGAUUCUCGUGUUCAUUUGUGAUUCCUUCCAGACUUUGUGGAUUUGUUGGGUCUCUAAAUCUCCUCAGUUCUGCUGAUUUUAAGCUCAGCAUGUUGAACUUUAUUGUACUGUUACUCUGAGCAAAUUCCUCACAUGCUUAUGAUUCUGUUCGGUGUUUGUUUGCUUCUGAUGUCAGAGUACCAGAAAGAGUGUUUCUGCUCCUCUCUCCUUUGAUUGAAGCCGCUUCUGUUAAUUAUUGUAUUCCAAAGCUCAGUUGUGUAUUCAGCAUGAGGUUCAUUGUGUUAUAUUUGAUGUCUGACUUGAAGAAUAAAUCAUUUCCCAAAGUG